AUGCAUUGGACAUCGCUUGCCAUUGCAGGCCAGGCGGUUCUUGGUUCACCGUCAGUUGUGCCUGCACCCCCUCGACCAGAACCAAUCAACAUCAUUGAACUCCCACUGCCUCCAGUGGCCCCCAACAAUAAUACGGGUGCUUGCAAUAUUUCAAUCAAUCCUCAUCAAACUGGAUGUAUUGGAACAUCAUCUGAAUUUUUCCAGGCGGGCGAUUUCACGCCCGAUGGAAAGCAUGUGGCUAUCACCGUGGAAUUUGUUGGCGCCCCCGAGGCACCACACCCAAGCAGCAUCUACGCCGGCGUACAACUAAUUUUGGUCAAGGUGGAUGGCACAAAUUUCACUACUGGUGAUCUCUGGAAAUGCCUCAGCUGUGGCGUUCCUUCAGAGAAUGCACGCUCUCUCGAUCCCUCGAGAGAUUAUCCCCAUGUCGCUCGAAAUUCCCAUCAAGCUCUUUGGGGGCAUAAUAUCUUGGAUUGCGGUGAUACUCCUCUUGCCAGUGACCUCUGCACUCCAGACAAGACCCAUAUCUAUCCCAUCUAUUGGCCGGCGGAUAGCAAGAAUGCCGGCAUCCCACGAGAGAUGCGCAUGCACCCGGACGAUGUCCACAUGGGUUGGAGCUCAUUCACAAUGGGAGGCCAAUUCUCAUACUACGGCCGACUGCAGUUCAAUCCAAACCCCACAACUGGCACGCUUCUCGCUCCCAGAUAUGAUCUAGUUGACGUGAACCUUCUCGUCCAGCCCAAUGGCCCUGCUCCUAUCAUGACGGAAGGCUCUGAGCUCAAAAUUCACAAUGAGGCCAUUACAAUUGGCGAGCUACGUGGAUUCAGUGGUUCCGGCGAUGAGAUUAUCUACCUUGGAUCGACGCGCGAGGCAAACAAUAUUGAUCUUUUUGCCGUUCACAUCAUCACUGGUACCAUUCGCCGUUUGACUAGCCAUCCUGAGUAUGCGGAUCCCAUUGCAUUCUCACAUGAUAAUCAGUGGCUCGUGACUAUGGACACUCGUGGCUCAGACCGGCAGAUGUGGAUGGCUGGAGUGCGUCACAUUCCUCCUCUCAUCGACUUCGUCACAGUGGCAGCCGCUUCUUCGACUCGAAACAAUGGUGCCCGCCGUUUCUUCCAGCCAAUAUUGAUUGAUCGCUACGGUGAUAGAGGUGACUAUUUCGGCCAGCAAGUCAAUCAUGAAGGCGACAGAGACAACGGCAGUGUCAAUGAUCCCAAUUGGAAUGGCAGAGCAGACCCGGCUUUCUCUCCUGAUAGUACCCAGAUUGUGUACUGGCAGAGUAUAGUCACCUCGCCUGCCUGUGGAGGUCCAAACCCACUAUCCUGUCCAGUCUCAAAUGCCCAAGGUGGUCGAACCUAUCGGGUGAUGCUAGCACGUCUUUCAAGCCGCACGCCCACGAGCCCUGCGCCUGUUUUUGCUGCGCCAGACAUAAUUCCUUGGGCGACGCCUUUCGCACCUGGAGCCAAACCACCUGCUAUCUAUUCUUUCCCAGUGGGGAACUAUACGCUUUAUGGCACAGCCAGUGGUUUCGCGAAUGCAACCUUUGUGAAGGAUCCUCUUCUCGGGAUCCUCAAGACGGUGUCUGUGAAUUAUACCAACUACUCAGUUGAUGGGACGCACUAUAUCAAUGGCCAUGAGUCCGUGACUGUAACGAGAGCGAUGGACAAUCCUUGGUCUAACCAUCUGGAUUGGUUCUCAGAUAUUAUUCAGACAGGCCCAGUACAUGCAGUCAAGAAGACAGGUCCAGGUGGAUUCCACUUGUCUAUCGAUGUUUUCAAGAACGAAUUUGUUGCGAAUGGCACGUUGACCACGACCAUUGACGGAGUGGCUUAUCACCAGCCACUCAACUAUGCAUAA